AAAGGGGAAGGAGAAAGGGGGGGGAAGGAGGAGGAGAGAGGGCGGGCCGGCCUUCCUCAGCCCGCCUCCCCAGCGGGGCCGCGCUCCCCGGGGGCAUUUUGGCUUCGCUCGCUUCCCAUUUCUGCGACACUAAAACUCGAGCUCUACUUCCUCAUCGCUCGCUUUCUGGAGGACGGACCCUGCCAGCAAGCGGCUCAGGUCCUGAUCCGAGAAGUGGCGGAGAAAGAGCUGCUGCCCAAGCGGACGGACUGGACCGGCAAGGAGCAUCCCCGGAGCUACGAGAACCUGGUGAAAUAUUACAGACACUUGGCACCUGAUCACUUGCUUCAAAUAUGCCAUCGGCUUGGACCGCUUCUAGAGCAAGAAAUUCCCCAAAGUGUCCCUGGAGUGCAGACGUUAUUAGGAGCUGGCAGACAGUCUUUGCUUCGUACAAACAAAAGUUGCAAACAUGUCGUAUGGAAGGGAUCUGCUCUUGCUGCACUACAUUGUGGGAGGCCUCCAGAGUCCCCUGUAAAUUAUGGCAGUCCACCUAGUAUAGUGGAUACCCUGUUUUCAAGAAAACUAAAUGGAAAAUACAGACUUGAACGUCUUGUUCCAACUGCAGUCUAUCAACAUAUGAAGAUGCACAAACGAAUUUUAGGACACUUGUCUUCUGUAUACUGUGUAACUUUUGAUCGGACUGGCAGGCGAAUAUUUACUGGAUCAGAUGAUUGCCUUGUAAAAAUCUGGGCAACAGAUGAUGGAAGGUUGUUGGCUACCCUGAGAGGGCAUGCAGCUGAAAUAUCAGAUAUGGCAGUGAACUAUGAAAACACCAUGAUAGCUGCGGGAAGCUGUGAUAAAAUGAUCAGAGUUUGGUGCCUUCGAACUUGUGCACCCUUAGCAGUUCUGCAGGGCCACAGUGCAUCUAUAACAUCGCUACAGUUCUCUCCACUGUGCAGUGGCUCAAAGAGAUACUUAUCUUCAACCGGGGCAGAUGGAACAAUAUGCUUUUGGCUGUGGGAUGCUGGCACCCUUAAAAUAAAUCCAAGGCCAACAAAGUUUACAGAACGCCCUCGGCCCGGAGUCCAAAUGAUCUGUUCUUCUUUUAGUGCUGGUGGAAUGUUUUUGGCCACUGGGAGUACAGAUCACAUCAUUAGGGUUUAUUUCUUUGGAUCAGGUCAGCCAGAGAAGAUAUCAGAGUUGGAGUUUCAUACUGACAAAGUUGACAGCAUUCAGUUUUCUAAUAGUAGUAGCAGAUUUGUGAGUGGAAGCCGUGAUGGAACAGCACGAAUCUGGCAAUUUAAGCGAAGGGAAUGGAAAAGCAUUUUGUUAGAUAUGGCUACUCGCCCAGCAGGACAAAGUCUACAAGGAGUUGAAGAUAAAAUCACAAAGCUGAAAGUGACCAUGGUGGCAUGGGACCGCCAUGACAACUCUGUUAUAACUGCAGUAAACAACAUGACUCUGAAAGUUUGGAAUUCUUUCACUGGCCAACUCAUUCAUAUUCUCAUGGGACAUGAAGAUGAAGUGUUUGUACUUGAACCUCAUCCGUUUGAUCCAAGAGUUCUCUUCUCUGCUGGACAUGAUGGAAAUGUCAUAGUUUGGGAUUUGGCAAGAGGGGUCAAAAUCCGGUCUUACUUCAACAUGAUUGAAGGACAAGGACAUGGUGCAGUUUUUGACUGCAAGUGCUCUCCUGAUGGACAGCAUUUUGCAUGUACUGAUUCUCACGGUCACCUUCUGAUUUUUGGCUUUGGUUCCAGUAGCAAAUAUGACAAGAUAGCAGAUCAGAUGUUCUUUCAUAGUGAUUAUCGGCCCCUUAUCCGUGAUGCCAACAACUUUGUCCUGGAUGAACAGACACAGCAGGCUCCACACCUUAUGCCUCCCCCAUUUUUGGUUGAUGUGGAUGGCAACCCUCAUCCUGCAAGGUUUCAAAGACUAGUUCCUGGUCGUGAGAACUGCAGGGAGGAACAGCUUAUUCCUCAGAUGGGAGUGACAUCUUCAGGAUUGAAUCAAGUUCUUAGUCAACAAGCAAAUCAAGAAGUUAGUCCAUUGGAUAGCAUGAUUCAAAGACUUCAGCAAGAGCAGGACCAGAGACGUUCUGGGGAGGCAGGAACCAGUAGUACCAGCCGGAUAAGCAGAGGAUCUGUAAGUUCUACCUCAGAAGUACAUUCACCACCAAAUAUAGGUUUAAGACGUAGUGGACAAAUUGAAGGUGUGCGUCAGAUGCAUAGCAACGCACCAAGGAGUGAAAUAGCUACUGAGCGGGACCUUGUGGCUUGGAGUCGAAGGGUUGUAGUGCCUGAACUGUCUUCUGGUGUGGCCAGUAGGCAGGAAGAAUGGAGAACGGCAAAGGGAGAAGAGGAAGUAAGGGUGUAUCGGUCGGAAGAGAAAAGAAAACACAUAACGAGUCACAUUCAAAGAGAAAACAAAAUACCUACUUUCUCUAAGAACCACUGUCAUGAUCAUUUACUAGACACCAGUGACUCAAGAAAACAACAAGCUAAUCAGCACAACUACCGUACGAGAUACGCGGUAGAAGAAACUGCAAGGCCUGCUGAAGAGUUAGAAAAUGGGCACAGUUCCUCAGAUGAAGGAGAAGUAGUUGUUGCGAGUGGUGGAACAUCAGAAGAUGAUGAAAGAGCGUGGCACAGUGAUGGCAGUUCUAGUGACUACUCUAGUGAUUAUUCUGACUGGACAGCAGAUGCAGGAAUCAAUUUGCAACCACCAAAGAAAAUUCCUAAAAUUAAAACAAAGAAAGCAGAAAGUAGUUCAGAGGAUGAAGAAGGACCUGAAAAACAAAAGAAGCAAAUGAAAAAGGAAAGGAAAAAAGGUAUUGAGGAGAAAGAUGGACCAUCAACAUCACCAAAGAAGAGGAAACCCAAAGAGAGAAAACAAAAGAGGCUGGCUGUAGGAGUUCUGGCAGAAAAUGGUUUGACACUGGAAGAAUGGCUGCCUUCAGCAUGGAUUACAGACACUGUUCCUCGUCGGUGCCCAUUUGUGCCACAGAUGGGAGAUGAGGUCUACUAUUUCCGACAAGGUCAUGAAGCAUACGUUGUAAUGGCUAAGAAGAACAAAAUAUAUAGUAUUAACCCCAAGAAACAACCAUGGCAUAAAAUGGAAUUACGAGAGCAAGAGCUGAUGAAAAUAGUUGGGAUUAAGUAUGAAGUGGGAUUGCCUACUCUCUGCUGUCUUAAACUAGCUUUUCUUGACCCUGAUACGGGUAAACUAACUGGAGGAUCAUUCACCAUGAAGUACCAUGAUAUGCCAGAUGUCAUAGAUUUCCUAGUUUUGAGGCAGCAGUUUGAUGAUGCAAAACAUAGGCGAUGGAACAUAGGUGAUCGUUUCAGGUCAGUGAUAGAUGAUGCUUGGUGGUUUGGAACAAUUGAAAGCCAGGAGCCUCUUCAGCCUGAUUAUCCUGAUAGCUUAUUUCAGUGCUACAAUGUCUGCUGGGACAAUGGUGAUACUGAGAAGAUGAGCCCCUGGGACAUGGAGCUGAUACCAAGUAAUGCUGUGUUUCCAGAAGAACUGGGAACUAGUGUUCCUUUAACAGAUGAUGAACGUAGAACGCUGCUCUACAAACCUCUUGAUGGAGAGUGGGGUUCCAGGACCCGAGAUGAGGAGUGUGACAGAAUUAUUGCAGGGAUAAACCAACUCAUGACUCUAGAUAUUGCUUCUGCGUUUGUGGCACCUGUGGAUCUUCAAGCUUACCCGAUGUAUUGCACUGUUGUGGCAUAUCCCACAGACCUCAGUACCAUUAAACAAAGACUGGAAAGCAGAUUUUACAGGCGCCUUUCUUCAUUAAUGUGGGAAGUCCGGUACAUAGAACAUAAUACUCGCACGUUUAAUGAACCUGGAAGUCCUAUCGUCAAAUCUGCCAAAUUUGUCACAGAUCUUCUGCUACACUUCAUAAAAGACCAGAGUUGCUAUGACAUAAUUCCAUUGUACAAUGCAAUGAAGAAGAAAGUGUUGUCUGACUCUGAUGAGGAAGAAGAGAAAGAUACAAAUGUGCCAGGAACUUCCACUAGAAAAAGAAAGGAUCAUCAGCCAAAGCGGCGACUACGUAAUAGAGCUCAGUCAUAUGACAUUCAGUCAUGGAAGAAGCAAUGCCAGGAGCUGCUGAAUCUCAUUUUUCAGUGUGAAGACUCUGAACCGUUUCGACAACCAGUGGAUCUCCUUGAAUAUCCAGAUUAUAGAGAUAUUAUUGACACUCCUAUGGAUUUUGCUACUGUUAGAGAAACACUGGAAGCUGGCAACUAUGAGUCACCGAUGGAGUUAUGUAAAGAUGUGAGACUUAUUUUCAGCAAUUCCAAGGCCUAUACACCAAGUAAAAGAUCAAGGAUUUACAGCAUGAGUUUGCGCCUUUCUGCUUUCUUUGAAGAACACAUAAGUUCUAUUUUAUCGGAUUAUAAAUCAGCCCUACGCUUUCACAAAAGAAAUACAAUAAAGAAACGAAGGAAAAAAAGAAGUAGAAGCAGCUCAGUUUCCAGUAGUGUUGCAUCCAGCCCUGAAAGGAAGAGGAGAUUAAUAAAACCUCAGCUGAAGGCAGAAACUUCUGCCACUUCUUCAUCUUCUGCACCUGCACGGUCAGCAGUACUGAGACAUGCGCCACCUCAGAUGAAUGGAAAAGCAGCUGAAACCUCUUCCCUUGUGCGCACUAGAAGCAAUAGGGGGAUAACAGAUGUGGCUGUUACAGAGCAACCAUCUACUUCUUCAGGAGCAAAGCCUUUAACAAUAAAGCCUUUAAUUACAAAGCCUAAUACUGCUGCAGGGUCGGGAAAGUCAGUACUGGAGAAUUCAACCAAACAUUCCAAGAACCAGAAUAUUGUAUCAAUCCCUAGUCAAUCUGAUUACAGUCAUAACACUAGGAAUAACUCCACAAGAGAAAAUCCCGAGAAAGAGAAGCAGAUCAAGCGCAAAGUAAAAUCUUCCACUGUUAAUCAACAAGUAGAUUGCAGGAAUAAUGCUUUGGCAUCAGGAAGCAUUCAGGUAAAUGGACAUGGAGGACAGCCUUCAAAACCUCCAGUUAAAAGAGGUCCCGGACGGAAACCGAAGGUGGAGACUAAUAACAGUAGCUGUGAAGUGGUGCACAAGAAAAGAGGCAGAAAACCAAAAAAGCUACAAAUGGUUGAACAGCAAAAGGUGGUAGAGCAGAAUACAAUCCAGACCACAAGGGAUAUACCAGAAGAAGCCUCUGCUUCUACUGCAUGCAAUUCUCUUUCUGAAAAUAAUAUGAAGGAAGACUUGUUACAAAAAAAAGGCCGUGGGGGUAGAAAGCCAAAAAGGAAGAUAAAGACCCAUCAGCCAGGCUCGGACCUCUUAGUUCCUGCAAAUGUUAAAAUGCAAACAAGAAGCAGGAGGAAAAAGAUAGAUGAGCCUAUGGAGGAGGGGUCUGAAGAGCUUAAAGAUUCUGAACCUCACAUGAGAACUAGAAACCAGGGUAGGAGGACAGCCUUUUACAAUGAAGAUGACUCUGAGGAAGAGCAAAGGCAGCUAUUGUUUGAAGACACCUCCUUAACUUUUGGAACAUCUAGCAGAGGCAGAGUCCGAAAGUUGACUGAAAAAGCAAAAGCUAAUUUAAUUGGUUGGUGAUUUUUACCAAGGGUUUUACUUCAGAAUGCUAUGAAGCAGGUACAGUUAAGGAACAGCAGAACAGACUUCUGCUUCCCUGCUGCUAUUAUGGGUUAGAAGAAUAUGUUCUGAUUUGGGGAGAAAAAUUUAGCAAAAAAUAAACUGAAAGAACAUUCUUUGAAAGAAAUAUAUAUUUUAAACUUUUGCUAUUUAUUGCCCUCCAAACAGGUUAUGCAUUUCAACAGUCAUUUUGUUCACAGUUGAGAAUAAUUGAAGCAAUUUCUGACUGACGUACAGAGUUGAGAGCUACUCUGCUCAAGUAGUGCGUAGUAUCUCCACACAAUUAAAAAAAAGGUGAUAGAACUUUUAAUGCCACAAACUGAAAACAGAAGUCUAUUUUUGACCAAGCAAGGUACACUUUGAUUGUAAAGUCAAGUUGCCUAGGAAGGCAGAUUUUGGCAAAAAGUGGCAGUAAAUUCACUCACAUUUCUAUUCAAUACAAAAAUACCAAACUUUGCUGAUCUGAAAAUGCUUAAUUUCAGUUGUGAUGGAACAUUCAACUGCAAAAGAAGCCUAGCACAGGCUGUUGGUUUAUCCAAGUUCUGCCAAACAUAGCAAAAAUGUAAUCACAAAUAUAUAUAUAUAUCCACAUUGGAAAAAGUUUGACUAAUGUCUAAUUUUUCAGACCUUGAUUCUUGUAUCAAUCACUAAAUCUCUGUUUAUUGUGCCAAAGACUGAGAAUCAGUGCAGUGGAAAGCCUUUCUUUCUUUUUGAGUGUCAGUACAGCAUACCAUUUGCAGUGAUAAAAGCUGUGUAUUGUUUUAAAUAGUAAGUUGUUAACAUUGUUCUGAAAUGUAUCGUUUUUGGUACUUUUGGUAGAAAAUAAUGCACUGGUGGGGUCCUUUGACAGAGAUGUUUUAGACAAAAUGUAUAAUUGGUUAAAGGAUUCAAGGAAAUUACAGGACAGGUAUGGAAUUACGAUGUUUACUUUCUGAUCCAGAUUGAUUGUUGUUUCUACAACUUUAGACAUGCUUAAGAGGCUAAAAUGACCUACAGAGAAGAGUGUAUGUGUAUAUAUUAAUAUAUACAUAAACACAUACAUAUAAAAUAUUACCCAGGUAUAAAUUUUUUUCAGGAUUUUUUAGAUAGCACUAGAAUUGAAAAUAAAUUUUAAAAUGUCAUACUUUAUAGUUUAAUUUUAAGGGGAAGAUUGGUUAUUUUCAAUUAAUAAGGUUAAAAGGCCAAAUCACUUUUUAUGCAAUCAUGUUUUAUACAGUGGUCUCAUUGCACAUUGUGUUUUUUCUGCACUUUUUAUGGUAUAUCACGCUGACAUAAGUCAAUAUACACCCUAAAGAAAAAUUCCAUUUAAUGAUUGUGCCUUGUAUUCUAUUAUUUCUUGCAUCCUUAGUAAAAUUAAGUUGUCUAUUGUAAAUGAUAACUAUAUGACUUAGGGGAAUGUAUUGUUAUAUGUACUGCUCUGGAAAAGAAAAGCAGUUAUUUAUUUGUUUAUGGUACAUUUAGUUAUUUUAUACCUUUACAAACAAACUUUAAUACCAUUUUCUAUCACUUAAAAAAGUAUUGUCCAGUUUUAAGGAAAAAAAAAUACAGAAGUAGUCAUAUUUUCUGAGAUCUGGUAUGGUACAAAAAUGUAACCAAAAUUUUCUGGUUAUACAUUAUUUUGGAAGUUUGGGUAGUGUGAAAGAUUUUUUUUGUGUGUGACCCUAACUUAGUUGAAAAAAUAAACCUGAAAUGAAACCUCAA